GACUGCACAGAGUUGCUUGACUCAUGGUUAACACUGGUCAACAGACUGGUAAAUUCAGAGACACUGUUAGACUCUCCCUAUGGUCUUCCUGCAACUUCCACCCAGCCAGGAUUUGUUCCAUUUAAACCUGUUGAUUUUCUUGUCACUACGCAAAAGGUAUGUGGAAGGUUUUGGUAGCAGGGUUGAUUAACAUUCUCAUUUCUUUCUCAUUGUGGAGAAAAAGAAAAACACCUGAUCACCGGUUAAGUGAGGGUGAACAUUUGCGUUUUUUUUUUCCAGAAAGCAUUCUCUGCAGUCCAACAGCUCUGGGGCCAGAGACUCCCUAAAGAGUACGGUCCUCAUAUAGCGGAGUCCAUGUUGUCCAUUUUGUACCACAUUAUAAAGGGUGAGGCUGUUAUCAAAGAGAAGCUUGGAUCUGCCCCUGAAAGCUCUGGAUCUACAAGUAGCACUUCUGUCACUGCAAGGCCUCCUGAGGCAGCACCCCAACCUGAGAUUAACAUGCAGCAUUUACAGCAGGUACGUAAAGUGCAGUCAAACCCUGUUAACCCUUUAAGUCCCAAUGGUGUCCAACAUCAAUAUUCUCCUAACACUAUCCAUACAUUGUUAAGAGAUUAGGUUAUGAGAGUUAAUAAAAUGAUCACCAAAGAGAAAAUACCUUGAUCUUUUACAAAAUUUUCUUAACUCAUUCUUUAAGGAAAUGUAUGAAGACCAGUUUGGAGAAUUUGUAUGUGGAUAUUGGACUUAAAGGUUAAAUAUGAAACUUGAGGGCAGGGCAUGAAAAGGUAGUUGAAGUCAUUACUUGUGUACCCUGGUUAGUGCCCAAAAAUUCUCCUGUAAAUCUAAGAUGGGAGACCAAACUAUAGUAUAAGCAAUUUGUUUGGUGUUUUGCAGGCUUUGUAUUGCGAUCGUAAAAAGGCCAAACUUUUUAGAUGUUAUUUUCUGAUAAACUUGGGUUCUGCAAUUUUUGUAUUAAUGUCAUUUCUUGCUGUUUCAGUUUAUGGACAUGGGCUUUACACACGAACAUGCAAGAUUGGCUCUCCUGAAUACAGGAAGUCUGGAGGAGGCCACUGAUUACAUCCUAACUCACCCUCCACCACCCCCAUCCAGGGUAGGUACUGCACAGUCUACGGGUGCUUAACUUUAGUCACAACUGGGCGGCCAGACCAGUCCAGUGGUCAAGAGAAUUCCAGGUCAAUUUAGAUCACUGGGACAAUACCCACCUACCCCUCUCCUGAGCCAACCUUUUAUAGGGCAAAAUGUUGGCUCAGGGGAGGGUUAGGUGAGCAGCUCAAAAACCCAAAUUGAUCAACCUAAUGGGAAACUGUGGGAUCUCCAGUCAUCUCUGAGAAGUCCAGCUUAUCAGUGUGAAUCCUGCGGGACCAUGGCAGCCAGGUUACUCCUCGUGGGAUUCUUAAUAAUUAUUAUACACAACACUGAUAGGUUUCUUUGUAAGACUGCUUAUGUAAUGGAUCAUUCUUUUCCAAUGGGGGUUUUAACUCCUGCAAGUCCUAAAGAGAUCAUCAAUUUUCUCCUAACUAUACUGGCCACAUUAUCAUGGUAAAAGGCUGGGGAGAAUGUAAAAUGACAACAAAGGAGAAAUGCUGUGAUCUUUAUGGAAGUCUCCCUACAACGCACUUGUGGGUGUAUGGACACUAGUGUGGAGAAUUUGUAUUCGGAUAUUGGGGCUUAAAGGGAAAAUUUAUUAUGAAACUAUUUCAGGAGCUUGGUUUGGACUAUGACACGCUAGUAAUAGGCUGACUGUCUGGAUGAGGCCGCAGGCUAUGUCUCUCGGGCAGGAUAUGCCACCUGCUGCUGCCCCAGCUGUAGACUGCGACAAACCAGCAUAAUCUAUACCUAAAAAUCUAAGUCUCUGUAGUGAGGGCUUUUCUAUCAACCCUCCAGGAGGGAUGGAGGGGAAAACCCCAGCUCUCACCAAAAAUGAACAGUAAGGAGACUACUGUUUUUGACCAUCCAGCUCUAAUAAAUAGCUUCAUAGUAUGCAUGAAGUAUUUGGUUAUAAGCCGCUUCGUACGGAAUUGUGGCUUUCGCGAAGUGUAGUUUGUACUAGGAACGUUUUGUGUAGCCGUGGCUUUAUGUAUUAGAUCAAGAAAUGUAAUGCGUGAUCAACCUGUGCUAAGUAACCUGGGGCGAGGCCCCACUUUGUUUCACUGCAGGCUGAUUACAAUGCCGAGGAAAACCAAGUACAUGGAAAAGGCGAACAAUGAAAGCUAAAACUGGGCCUGAUCCCAUAUUACAUGUUUAGUCGCCGAUUUUUUUCCUGUGGUUUUGUGAGCGGAGGGAGAUUAAUAUUUCAAUACUUACUGUUAUUUUUCCCUUGUGUACCAUUAUAAAUUAUACGUGGCUUCAACGACUCAUAAGUAACCGCGGUCUUUGAGGCGGGAAUUUUCGUAGCACUUCCAUCUCAGUUUUAACUGAUUUUGCAUUUCAUUAUACAUUGUCGGUACUCCACAGCCCAUAGUCAUGAUUGGUGCUGUUCGUAAUAUCAAUGCAAUAACACUGUCAGAUGUUUGCAUCGCUUUGACUGAAGUCUCGCCAUACACCGUGACGCAUCCUGAAUUCAAUCCGCCAUCAUCAAUUUAUCGAGUAGUAUUUCCUGUUUUUGUAGAGCCCUUUGGGAAUCCUAGCAAUCUUUGACGACUAGUUCGAGGUGGCUGUUCUCCUGGCAGCUUUUGGCUUUUUGUCCUGCUCCCAGCCCUCCUUUGAGUGGACAGAGUAUUUCGCGACUUGAGAUUGGGGUCACUCAGAGCAGCCUCCCCAUUUGGGUGAGUGAGUUCCGGGAGAAGGCGCGAGCGAGCGAUGAAGGGCCCUGCCUGCGCAAGGCCCACUUGCUUACCCAACAUGAGAGUUUGGUUUCAGUAGGCUAGAAUGGACUUCGGUAGAACCGCCUAAAUCUGAAGUUGUACUGUCAACCCUGCUCUUACACCUGGAUCUGAAGGCUCAUUGCAUUGAAUGUAUAGAAUGUGCAUAUGCACAUUGGAAGUCUCAUCGGCUGAGCUGGCCGCAAGUCCAACCUGUAUCUUCCAUUUGCACAUCUUCCAUAACACUCCUUCUCCUUGUUUGCCUUCUCAAAUUUUGCAUAAGCAUUGUCUUCAAUUUCUCUUGGGACGACUGAUACGCAGGGGAAAUUAAAGACGAAAGUAUUGCAACAUUUAGGACAAUUAUUAUUAUGGGAGAGGUACAAACGGCUAAUUAACCGUUCGACUCCCAGGGAAUGAAUAAUUGAAUCUUGAAAGGUGCAACUAAUUUUUGAUCCUGCGGAUGAAAUCCAGCGGUUCUUUUUCCUGGGAAGGGAAGGGUUCAACGGUCAGGUUUCAGUAACAGUUCUGUGACUGAAGAGAGACUGAUGUGUAUAAUAUUCCUUUGAAAAACCUUACAAUGUUGGUUUUACUUUGUAGCCUGCUGCUGCCUCUGGUUCUGGCGCCUCGGAACCUGCAGCCACAGACUCGUCCAAAACAGAGAAAAAACAAGAAGAGAGCACUUCAAAAAACAAGGCAGAGGAAGACGGAAGGUGGUUGUGAGACGAGCAAUAUUCUGCUGGAGAAAACUGUACGUGGACUCAAUUCACGGUUGGUAUGUUGGGCGCGGUUGCUUGAAGUACCGGAUUGGCGUUCUGCCGGGGACUGUUGGCGCUUUCAGACGUGCUGUCUGGGCUGUGGCGCGUGCCGCGCAACGGAGAGGAAUGGAAGAAAAACACAAUGAUGCACAUUUUAGAUCAGGUGUGUCUUAAGUAACUGCAAAAGUGACGUAAUUCCAUUGUACCCUGUGCACCCAAAAGAUGAUAACCUGAAGUCGACGGUAUGGAUUUUGAAUUCCUAUGAUGAGUGACCAGGUCAGUUAACAAUCCCAACGUUUCGGUUUCUUACAUACAGCUGGGUUUAGUUUGGGAUGAAGGAGGAAAGUCGCACUAGAUAGUUAUCCUUUCUCGCUUGAAGUUGCGGAACUAAAAAUUGUGCCUUUUAUUGGCGUUUCGUUUUUUUUUUCUUUUCUGGCUGACUUUAGCACUCUUCUUUCCACAGGUCCAGUCGGACGUGAAAACUGUAUUGAAAACUUGCACCAUUAAAAAUGUUGACACCAAACAACUUGAAGAAAGCAUUUCCCAGAUGAGCAGCAUGCCAGAAGCCGCGCGAUUGUCCUCUCUUCUUCAUCUCACUUGUUUGCUUUUUGAGGUAAGUCGUUUUGGUCUUUUACUCCAAAUGGGCUAGAUGACUUGCCCACGGAGCAAGUAAGCUUGAAAAUCUACCUGUCCCGAACUACCCGACGGCACUUUUUUCAAGCCCCUAGCUUCAACUAAGAGUUUAGUGGAACAAUUCGAUUUCCCUCGAUAGUGAUCCACUUUUUCCAUUCCAAUGGGAUAGUAACUUUCUGUGGGCAGGCCUGUCGGUGCAAACUGUAAGCGCCUACUCAAAGUAACCUGGUGAAGGGAGUGUGUGGGAAGAGGCACCAAGCCUCGAAUACUACCCACCUACCCUCCCAGGCACCUGGUUUAUAGAGCCCUCGUCCUUUCUGAUCGAGGAGGAGAAAAGAGGGAGUUCCCGCCUGAAUCGCGCCGUUUUGCCGCAGCCCGAAACGUCUGACCUCGCUGCCCUUGUUCUCCUCGUCAAAUUUUCGGGUGUAAGCAUCUGUUUAUUGAUAAACUGGAUUGAUCAUAACGGGAGUGCAUGGGCCACAAGCCUGGGUUCGAAAACUAUAUCCCAGUGCAAUUGUAUGCAGCAAGCUCAACAAAGAUCUUACUAGAUUCAUGCACAGUCUUUCUUAAGUACGCUAAAAUCGAGCAACCGAAAGAAAGGCUUUGCUAACAGGGUUGGACAGGUGAUGCUUUGGACUCGAUACCAAUGGAGUCACUCCUUUUGUUUUACAACUUUCACAGGAGAAGAAAUUCCACUGUGGAGCCAUCAUUGAGAAGUUUGGUAUUGUAAAUCUUUUGUUUUUGAGUUUACUCGAGGUGCCAUGGCCGUCAUGCAGCAACCGUUAGUGGAUCUACAGCAUUCAUACCAGUGUAAGUGUUCUUAUGUGGCAUGUUACCGUGCAAAAAGCUGAAGACGUCUAUUAUUAGAUAGAGUCUAGACCCGGGAAUGAAAGGUGGGGAAAAUAAAGGUCUGGGAGACCUCGCGAUCUGUGGCCGGUGGCAAUCGCCGCAGUGCCUCAGGUAUGUCGCAGGAAAACUGAAAUUGGCACUUUAUCAGUAGGGUCAUCGAAUUUAGAUAAAGCUUUGUGGGAUUAGUUGAAUACCAGGUGACAAAAGAAUAAGAUAGAGGGAGCGAUAAACAGCGCGAAUGGCACGUACGGAGGACAACAUAUUUCAAAGUUCUAGAAACUGUUAAAUGGCCGUGGCCACUCCAAAAUAAGAAAAGUUUGGUGUUUAGCAGGAGUUAAACUGAAUACAAAAACUUAGAAAGCGGUCGGGAAAACUGAGGAAGUCAUGAAAUUUGAAUCGGCCAGAUGGAACUUCGAUUUGAGGUAUUCUGAGAACAUCUUCCUGAAUCUAUUGGUUUUAGUAUGAAACGCCGUAUUAAAAUCAUCCGAUGGGUAGUAACCAACAUGGUGACUGAACUCAACACUUUACAGUAAAACAUCUGUCGCUGAGUUUUGCGGCGAAAGAAUUCAUCUUCCGACAUGAAACCAAGUGAAACAUUGAAGAAGUCCUUUUUAUCUAAUUCAAUAACUAUUGAGAUAGAAAGAAGAUUGACCCAUCGUGUAUAAAGAAAUUUUCUGUGAUAUUACCGUUAUGCAGAUGGUUGUCCUCUCUGAUACUGUUGUUGGACACCCAUGAGAAAAUGGCGGUCACUACGAGGAGAAAAAUGCUUCAUGAUAAGGGUGGUAAAUAGGCUACCACUGAAUUUCAUACCAGAGUCGGCAGCCUUUGAUUCUUAUUCUGGUUGUCCCUCUCUACGUGACCUCCGGGGAUUGUCCCUGAAAUUACCAUGUUGCCAAUGUGAAGCGCGUACGCGCCAGUUCAUUGGCCUUAGCCUGUUUGUUUAUCACCCAGUGUACUACGCAUGCCGGGAAGUGGCUCUGAUGUGACCGGUAGCGGUCGAGCUAUACAAAUCCACAACGUCAACAAUAACACGACCAUCGAUGCGGGCGUGCUGUGAAAUGAGAGUCGUGAGCCAGGCAUACCUUCACAUAAAUCACUGAAGUUACCAAGUUUGGGGCUGUGUCGGCCAGAACAGACACAGGAGAAGUCAGCAAUUUAGCCGUCAGCAGCUCCGGGGAAAAUAGCUGAUAUUCUCAUGACGUCCCACUGCUUCUUCAUGAACCAAACUUAAGCACGGUGUAUUUCAUCCUAGGUAUUUUGAUAACGGACUUCUUAGAUCAAACAGCCUGUAUUUUGGUAUCUACGGAUGAGCAGUCAACAAAAAAAGGUUUGGAUCGAGGCUGAAAAACAUAGAGAGAUUGGGAGAGACGCUUGAUGGGGCGUGGUGGAGGCCUGCGAGCUUCUGGCGCGCGUAAGCACUUUACGCUACGCUUUCACUGAUUUUACUGAUUUUGAGAAAAAGCGAAUGGUUUUUGCAGUCUAACGACCUCUGGAGCUAGUAGUGGUGCUCGGGAGGAUGCUAUUUUCUAAAGCCGUUAGUUCAAUGUGCAAGUUUCUGAAGAAAUAAUUUAAUUCUGAAUUUUGUGACAUAAGUUUAAAGUAAACUCAAGUGAUUAAAUGAUGUAACCUCCUGAGGGAAUUCUCCUUAUUCAGUUUAUUUUACUACUCCCAUGCGCCUCCUUGUUUCUUGAUGUUUUUCUAAAAACCUGGUUGCUGAAAUUGCCUUGUUUGAUUCCAGACUACGAAUAAGUGAUAAAACUCAACAUGUCGCCAGUCACUGGGUUGCAGUGAAGACAAUGUUUUGUUAGGGUGCCUUAUUCUCGCGGGCUCACAAUUCUGGUAUCAGUCGAUGUUAUCAAAUGUUUUCCAUCUACCUAAGCGUUUGUAACAUUGUCUUUUCUCAGGUUCAUGGCAGGAAGGCGACGCUAUUUGGUGAACUUCUCCACGAUGGUUCAGGUAUAGAUAUCGCCUUUUACAUUCUGCAGACUCGAAUUUCAGAUUUUAGAUGAUGAGGUUAGGAUGACCAACUUCGAUUUUCUCUUAACAAUAUCAGUACAGUAGAUUUUAAUGAGAAUUAAUAGAAUGAUCACCUUAAUGACGGUUCGAUCUCAUCACAUUCUCUCAACUAAAUAUGUAAGGAAAUGUAUGUUGAUCAGUUUAGAGAAUUUGCAUGUGGAUAUCGCGCUAAAAGGACGAAUUUAGCUAAAUUUGCGGCACAGCUCCUUUAAUUUCAAUAAAAUUCCUCUGAUGUCUUGGUAGGUAAACGAGGACUCUGGCAAUCGACGCCCCAUAAUGUUAGAAACCGCUAACUUAAACAGUGAUACGAAGCCAGUGAGAAGGAGGAGCCAGAGCCUGUGAAGUGGCACAUCUGUUGCUGGUGAGAAAAAGCGGAGGAGCAAAACAAUCUCCAAGCCGGAUCCAAAGAGAAAAGCUAGCAAGAAAUGAAGAAAAGAGCGCAGCAUACCAGGGCGAAUCCACACCCGGUCAUGAUUUAAAACAAUUUUCUGAAGACGGAGACUUUGUUACUGAUAACAAGUGUUCAUCUGAAGAGAAGUCUGGUCUUAUAGAGUCGUAAACAAAGGGAGGAAAAGGCAGGGACUAAAUCAUUAAACUGUCCGUCGUACUGAGGUAAAUCCGGUUGGGAAGAGAGAGUCAGAGUGUUUUAUUCUUUAUUAUGUUCUAUAUUUUAUAUUAUUUCAUUAUUGUUUUUAGGAGUGGCGAAAACCGACAAACCGGAGGAACAAGUCAUCGAACGCUUAAACGAUGAUCAAAAAGCCCUUAUCAUCAGGUAUCAAUAAUACCUUGCUAUAGGCCCGAUAACCAGCCGCUGGUCCCGCUUCUCCUCCGUCUCUUUGAGCGGACGCGAGAGUGCGGCCGAAAUCCAGCCUACAUUUCUUAAGGCUGUGCUCUGAGGAAAACUGAAGGGAGUCCAGUGCUCUGAAGCAGUAAACUACAGGGUGCUCAGCAUUUGAUUUGUAUGAAAAAACUAAGAUUUCCUAGUCGCCCAGGAGCAAAGUUAGGCCCCUGGGGCCACCGUGUGACCCGAAACGAUUAAGCGAUUUUCAGUUCAAUUUUUAUUGCUGUCCAGUAUUAAAUCGUAACCUUGUGUUAUUCUUCGUGAUUUCCUUUUUUCGCAGUUGCUGCAGAAGUUUUAUUUGGAUCCCUGUUUCACCAAACGCCUUACAAGCAGUGCUAAAGCUUUGCCUCAGACUCACCCAGGAACAUAAGUUCGCUGUUCAGUUUGUAGAUGAACGUGGAGCGAAGGCUCUUCUUUUACUCACGCAAGAGUCUUCAUUCGGUGGUUUUGCCAUGUUGGCAACACUUCUUGUUAGACACGUGUUAGAAGAUGAAGAAAACUUAAGGCACACAAUGGAAAAAGCUGUUCGAUCGUCAGCCACAAGCAGUGUCAGUAGUAAUAAUACGGGUGUAAGCGCUAACUCGCCAGGAGCCAAGGAAAUCAAUUAUGUUCUGAGAGUUCUUGGACCUGCUGCGUGUAGAAAUAAUGAACUCUUCAAGGAGGUUGCAACAAGCUCGCUUCGUUUAGCGAUUACACCUCAAUUACGCCGGACGAUGAUCGAAGGUGGAGACACGAACUUGCCUACAAACUACGCCCAACUUGUCAAGGCUGUGGUUAGUGGUAAGCCUGUGAAACCACCACCUGUUGCCAAACCGGUUCAUGGAGUUGUUCACGAUCUGUUGAAUGUCCUGUGCACCCCGGGUUUCAACUCAAGGACCAUGGACAGAGGUACUUUUGUACGCCGCUCAGACAGUCAGGUGCUUGGAGAGCUGGGACGUGCGUUAGGUCAAGUUGGUGAUUUGAUUGAAGGUUUUACUGGGCAGGGUGUGGUUCAAGUACCGGCUUACAAUCGACAACUUACCAGUGAGGAUGUUGAUGUUGAAGAAAUGUCCCUUGGUAAGUUUUCGACCGGUGGAAAUUCGUGCGUUUAGUUUUUCUGUUCACACGGAACCGCCUUAACCGUAAUAAAAUUUAGACGCGUAGCCGUUCCCAAUUCCGUGUGAACAGAGCGAAAAUAUUGAACGGUCCCUUGUGAACGGAGUGUCCGGUCAAAUUUUUCUGCCGGCCGAAAAUUCGUCCGGUACUCUGUGAAUGAAUUCUUAAUUAUUAUGCUCGAUAUAUUCCAAGUUCUUUCAAAUGUACCUACAAAACAUUUAAAUUUUUUAAAUAUCAUUUUAACUUUUUAGUCAGUGGACUAAAACCUGUGGUGCUACCAUUCAAAUGGAAUCUUUUUGGCAAAACGUUUUCAUACUAGUCUACUUUUUAUUUCUAGCGAUUUUGCAAAAUUAUGGAAAUUUGAAUUUUGGGGAUUUUUUUUCCUUUGGCUACUAUUAGCUGUGAAAGGUAAAGAAGAAAAAGUAAAAGAGGGCUUCUAACAUAUCAUUUUUUACGCAAUGCAGACUCGUCCCAGAAUAACAGCCAAAGCAGUUCUCAGUUACAUGUAGCAAUGAUAAAGAGCGAUGAAAAGAAGGAUGACAUCUCAAAGGAUGAAGAAAACAAAGAUUCAACCAAGGACACCAAGACUCCUUCUAAACCUCUUCUACCCAAGUCCGCUAUUCUGAAGCUGUUAGCUGAACUGGUUAAGUCCUAUGCAGGCGUGUCACAGCUUGUUACAGAGUACAGCCACAAUGCUAAAUUGUCAUCUGCAUCAGAGGUUAGUGGCAACUUCUCAUUAGAGAACUUGAGUAAAGACGCUUUUGAGCGACGCAUGUCAACCGGAAGUGGACUUUUUACAUUCCUGAGCAGUGGUACAAGUGUAAAGAAACUAAGCAAUACAAAUUGUAUAGCGUCAAGGCAUAUUAACGAUCAAUUUAGGUGUCUGGGAAACUGCGCACCUACCCCUCCCCUAAGCCAUCAUUUUGCCCUAAGCAAGAACUAAGUGUUAAUGUUAGCUCAGGGGAGGGGUAGGUGGGCAGUUUUCUAGAGACCUAAAUUGAUCCCAUAUUAAAAAGGAAAAGUCCUUACUUCCGGUUGACGUGCUUCUCUCAAAAACGCCUUUGGGCUUAAGCAUCCGCGACGACGACAGCGAUAACGUCGAAAAACAAUUGGUUUUAUGAUCAAAACAACAGCUCUGCACGUGCAUCACGCUUUUUAGUACAUUUCUUUGACGUCCAGUGCACGACUACGACGUGAAAGCUUCUAAUGCAACGCUCUAUGUAGGACGUGAACGUAAGAAGAUUUUUCUUUCUCUUUUUAACCUGUAUAAAAUCGUUAAGAAUUCAACUCCAGGAAAAAUCGCCUACAUUUGACAAAAUUAGCGGGUCCAAAACGACGCGAUAAAGUUUGAAAGGAUGCAAAUUUAUUCCCUUAGCGACGUUUUCACUCCCGUCGUCGUCGCUCAAGCUCCCUAUAGAUUUUCCCUCACAGCUUUAAGUAGAGAUCUUUAGUUUCUAAGACGAGGACAACUCCGAGAACGAGAUUUUCUCAGCUAGGUAGUGCGUGAACCAACUUGAUGUUGGCGAGGUUAAAGCUUAUUCUCUUCUGUUUGCUCUACAGUAUGAUGGCCCAGGCCUCGCCUUUAUUCUCGAUCAUCUUCUCCCAUCCGGGUCACCAGGCGACAGUGAGGAGACUCAAUCUUACGCGCGCACCUUACUAGCGGCUAUAGCCACGUGCCACCAGGCCCCGGAAGCCCAACAGACGCUUAUAGCUGAGAUGAAGGCAUCUCUAGGCCGUGCUCUAGCAUUACCCGAGUCAACGUCCAAACACUCCAGACUCCAGGCUCUCUUUACCUUAGUUCAGGCCAUGAUCGAAACUGGCCCGCAUACUACACCGCAUGCUGCAUCGCAGCCUAACAGUGUUACCAAGCUAUUGCUGAAGAAAGGACUUGUAAAUGACUUGGCUAGAGUGCCACAUAGCUUAGACUUGGCUAGCCCAAAUUUUGUAGCAACCAUUAACUGUUUGUUGAAGCCUUUGGAGAAGCUUUCUGGGGUGGUGAACCAACAAAGCUCCAGUGGUCCACAAACUGGAGCUAGUAAGGAAAGAACAACUGGAGGUGAUCAACUGUCCGCUGAUUCACAGGGUGUGGCAGGUGAUUCUGAGACUCAGCAGAGCUCUUCUGCAGGUAUGUGUCAGUAGUAGCUCUUUUGAACCUGAUUUCAUUUCUGUAGAGUGGAACCUCUCCCUUGACGAAUACUAUCAUAGUGUUCAUACGUCUCUCUAUCGGAGGUUUGACUGACUGUAUAUAACUGGCAUAUAUAUGUCUUGAAACAGUUUUCAAGUGACAGUCGGAACAUUACAGCUUAAUGUUAAGCACCCGUCUCACCUGUGUUUAGAGGUGGGGCAAGUAUUUGUUUGGAUGUCGGGGGUACUUUUUGUCGAACCGGGUCCUGUUCGUCCGCCUUACUAUAGCUUGGGUGAAAAAUGUCGUAUACCGUACUUCUAAUUAACCUAUUUCUUUGCCCCCUGAGAGACACUGAGGCAAAAUUAUCGUUUAUCAUACCGGGGUUUUUGUUAUAAAGGGUUCGUUAUAUGUUCGUUACACCAUAUGUCUCUAAUUGAGUCAACUCUCCAAAAACGGGAACCUAGUAUUAGUUCUUGUUGCUUGUCACUCUCUGUAAGGCAGAAACCUCUGUUAACCCUUUAAGCCCGAAUAUCCAUAUACAAAUUCUCCAAACUGAUCUCUAUACAUUUCCUUUAAGAAUUAGUUAAGAGAAUUUGAUAAAAGAUCAAAGUAUUUUCUCUUAUGUGAUCAUUUUAUUAAUUCUCAUAACCUAAUCUCAUGAUAAUGUAUGAAUAUCGUUAGGAAAAAAUUGCUGUUGGACACUAUUGGGACUUAAAGGGUUAAAGGGACACCGUCGGUUACCGUUUUGGAGAAUUCGACUGUAAUAUAGACUGAGUAAGGUAGGGUCCAUGAAGUGGGUUAUUUGAGCGUUUGUAUGUCAUUGUUCCUAGGCCAGACAGACGAAGCAGCAGACCAGCAGAGAACAGGAGAUAGUCAACAGUCUACUGAAAGAACCCCCUCUCAAGGUAAAGUGAAAUUUAUAAGACACUAAUUUGAGUUAAAAUCGUUUGAAUUCAAUUCCGUCAAUUCAAUUUUGGACUCUUACAGUUAAUGAAAGAAACUGAUGCAAAAACGAGAGGACCAUACACUUGGUGCCCAUAGUGAUUCUUGACCAAGGGCCAGACUUGUUUUAUCAGGUGUAGAAGCAUAAAACAUUGUGACAUCUCGCCCUUUUUUUUACUGUUAAAUGAACAAGAAAUCAAGGUUUCUUUUCAAGGACGUUUACAAAACUAGUAGACGAGAUAACUGAAAAUGUGAACCAUUCCGACUGUUGAAAUAGAGAAUCAAUUUCAGCCUCGUUCCCAGUCGUCCUCGGCGAUUUCGGAUGUGACGUCACCUGUCAAGCUUGUCGGGAAAGUUCGCGCUAUCGCACUCGGUUCCAAGCCUCCUCUGGUAACUUGGAUAGCACGAACUGGCCUGGGUACGAGGAUCGACCAAUUUAGGUUUCCGGGAAAAUAUCCGAAAUUGAUCCGAAAAAGACACUGAACAAUACCCACACCACAAAAGAAAAGCGUACCAUCAACAGGUUACCGGUCAUCUCGCCCCCAAGUCAUUUCGCCUCGGUAACUUAGCCCCCUGUUCUAGAACGAGGAAUAUUAUAUUUGGAGCGUGCUUGUUUUGGUUUAUUGCUAAAAGAACGAGGAAUAUUUUAUUUGAAGCGCGCUUGUUUUGCUUUAUGGCUUACAGAACGAUAGCCUGCGUGCAGACGAUAACUAAACUCUGAUUAGUACCGUCUGCGAAGCAGCGCAGAGAUCCUUGUUCUGGACCCCCAACGGACUCAACGAAUUACCGGAAGUGCGUUUCGAAUUCCCCUUCAACCUGAUUGGCGAUCACGACAAACAAAACAAAGGCCUUUUUUAACUGGCCAAUCGUGGCGCGUUCUCAAAUCUGGGUACACAGCUGGAAGUCCAGAACAAGGAUUUCGGCGCUGUUUCGCAGACGGAGUUAACCAGAGUUUAAUUUCGUCUGCGCGCAGGCUAACAGAACGAGGAAUAUCACAUUUGAAGCGCGCUAAAUGACUCAAAAAUAGGGGGCUAAGUAACUGGGGAGAAAUGACCGGUUACCCAUCCCAUCAACAAUUUCUGCAACUUAAGAAACAACCCACCAUUCCUUACUUUAAGCAUUGGUAAAAGUACAGUGAACUAUUUGAUGUUUGGUCGGCGGGCUUGGGGCCGAAAGUAAGGUGUGGCUCUGGUGUCAUGUGUAAAGAAUAUUUGUAUUGUCAAGUGGCUGAGCGGUGCAGCCGCUUGAUUUGUAUUCCGGAGGCUUCAAAUUCAAAUCCGCUAGCAUGCUUUUAUUUAGCCUACUGGUUCAGUCAGUUAGGAUUCUCACAUAUUUGUUUUGGUCUAAUUCGUGAAGCAUAGCGUUAAAUACUGAAUUACCAGUAUCUUUUUUUAGUUCUUUUUUCCACAAAUUUAAUAUUACAAUAAGUAAAAUAAUUAUACAAGUGGUACACACACAUACUGAUACACGUAAAAACAAUUUACAUCUGAAGAAUGGGCAGGUAAAGCUACUGUUGCCCUUACAAAGUCAUGUGUAGAUUGCUGAUUCAUUUUUGAAAAUUUCACUUUUCUGUCAGCUGCCGCGACUGACGAUUCUCAGGCGCCUGACUCCCAACCAGAGAACACAGGAGCUAGUGGAGACUCGUGGGCCCUCCCUGAAAUCACUGGUAGAGCAAUAAUACCAAUGGCAUCAGAAGAGGAACUAGAAGAACUGCAGGAAAUGGUUGAUGAGUUGUUGAACUCCGAUGGCACUGAUGGCCAAGCAACACAAGGUAUGUACCCCUUUGUAAGAUAAAACGGAUUCCGGGAUUUUACGUGCCACUGCAUUAGUAGGGGAAUACGUUUCCACACAUAUUUUUGGCCACUUCUCAAGGGUGGGUGUUUGGUGGUUUUUCCUAUCUGGCAUGGUACAAGUUCUAGCUUAGAACAUAUGUUAUUAUUUUACUAGAUGGAUAUCAUUGAUUUAAGAUCUGCAUCAGAUGACUGACUGACGCAUCCUAAAUAAAGGUUUUCACAUUGAAUAUCUCGUGUUAGUGGAGUCAGAAUAGAGGUCUUGCGCUAGAGCAUUGUUGUGUUAUCCCAGUUGACAUGAGGGAUGCACGAUCGAAAAUUAUCAACUCUUUACCGUUGUUGACAUAUCUCACAUCAAUAGCCAAUAGGCCUUUUGCGCAGCUAGUUAUUCAUGUGGUACAAAACCGCCAUGCUGGAGAGCAAGUGGCGCAUUGUCCUUUUCUCUUAAAAUCCGUCUAGUUCUUGAUCUCAUCCAGCGCGAUUGCAAACCACGAUGCUAUUCGCGGCAAGCGGCUUCGCCGCUCGCGUGCUUAGGUUUUGCGUGCAGUAAUUUUGCAAAGAAAAAUAAGAGACUGGUCGCAGUCUAGACGCAUUGGGACAAGACAAGCAAAGAGAAUUAUCAAUUUUAAAUGAUAUGAGCUCUUUGUUUGUCUUGCUUCAGUGCUUCCUCUGCUCUCCAGCAUGGCGGUUUUGUACCACGUGAACGACUGGCUGCUUUUAAUGUGUCACUUAUUUUUAUAGACGUUGACAACAGUAUCCUCGCAGAACACAUGAUGACCCGCCGCAUGGCUGAUGGUCGUGUCAUAGAGGAGACGACAUAUGUUAUAGACCCAAACUCCAGCGAAAGUGACAACGACUCCUCGGAUGACAACAGCGGAGGUGAGGACGUGGGCGAAGGUUCUGAUGAGGACGAUGGCGGCGACCAUGAACGAGAAGGUGAUGAUGAAACCAUGGUGAUUACUUUUGAAGAAUCUGGCGACCAUAAUGAUGAUCACGAUGAGGAAGACGAAGAUGACGAUGAUGAUGAUGAUGACGACAGUGACGACGAUCAUGAAGGGGAAAUUGACACAGUCCCAAGACCUGAAGGUUUGUACACUUCUGUUAUUGCUUGUCCAGUCAGAGGGGCUGUUUUAGAGAUAUGCUGUUUGUAAGGUGAAUUGUCUAAUCGCGCUACAGAAAGCCAGUGCUACCAAAGGAGCGCUCAAAGCAUACGCUGAAUGAUCUUCUAGACGCCCGUGGCGUUUAUUUAACUUUAGAGGGGGUGUCAAUGAGAUCAAUUACGCUAACAUUCUGAUACCGCUGACCACUAUAAUGACAAACAUACGUAGUUAAAUUACAUUAACUACCUGACUUGAUUAUCAUCUAACUUUACGGCCGUCAUUGUCAUAACGAACUACAGUCGAACCACUAUUAAGCGGCUACCCUCUACUUAGCAGCCACCCGAGUUACAGUAGUCCAAGCGGACAACGUCCACUUUUACAUGGCUAGUAUAUCGAAGUAAACAAGGUCUUAAUUACACGGCUGGUAUCGGGUCGUUUCGCCCAUAGGUCGAUUCGCCUGAUGGCAGUUCCCCUCGACUAAGUUGAUUCGUCAAAUGUACAUUUGUCGUUCUUUAAGCCUGAGAAAAAUUAGUAAGCAUGGAAAGACAGUGACUACACAUGUGGAAUCCAAGGUUAACUAAUAUAACAUCUCGGAGAGGUAGGUUCACCAUGUUGUAGAGUGUUGUAUGUCAUUGGGUGAAUCGACUUAAGUCAUGGCGAACGCCUUCGCGCAAGUCAACUUUCGCGCGAAACGACCGCAAUUCACACGGCCAAGCUUCUUGUCCCUUGUCCCUUCCUUAAGAGUGGCCGCCUUAAUGGUUGGAAUUUGUUUUGUUUUUAACUUUUGCUCUAAUAAUCGCACUUCGGGAGUCCUGAUAGAGUCCUGAUAGAGUUAUUACAAGUGUUUGUGAUGUGUUGUACAGGUGCUAUAGGUGUGCGAGAAGAUGGAGUGAUGGAAGCUUCUAGUGGAGUUGAUGUGAUGGAGGAGGAGGAUGCAGACGAUGAUGAUGAUGACGACGAUGAUAAUGAUGACGAUGAGCAUGAUGAUGAAGAAGAUGAAGGUGGCAGUGACAUGGAUGAGGAUGGUGCGGAUAUCAUAGGAGACGAUUCAUUACGAAUGUACGACGAGGACGAUAUUUACCUUCCCUUUGAUGAAGGAUCAGGUUUGUGGUUUGUAGAGCUGAAAGCUAGAAAUAGAAAAUUUAAACAGGACGAUUAUAUAGCCUGUUCAUCGAUCUAGACUGUAAACAGGGCGACUAUAUAGCCUGCCCAUUGAUGCAGACUGUAAACACGGCGACCAUUUUACCCUUUGGCUUGCCUAUUGAUGCAGAGCUGCAAAAUGAGCACACAAAUCAAAAUACAGAGUGAGAGAACAAUUUAAAAAACGGGGAUCAGAAAUCGAAAAUCAAGAAACAAAAUUCAGAAAGCGGGAAUCAGAGAAUCGGAGUUAGCAAUCACAGAUCUUAAGAAGUAGAAAUUAUCAGUGAGAAGUGAAUACGGAAACGCGAAAUGGAAAGUAAAAUACCAGAAGUUAGGAAUUGGAAAUCGAAUACGGGAAAUGGGAUAGCAACCUGGAGCUCAUACCGUAAUCUUCUGAGUAUAACCCCCCAUUUUUUUAGGCCCAUCUAUGUGUAAACAUAGAAAAAACCAUCCGGUUAAAAGUCCCCCCUCCUCCUGAAUAUAAGCUCCCCUCUGGCUUGUAUUGAAAUGAAUUGGACUUUUUACGACGUACGAAGUUGUAUAACUGGAAGUUUACGGUCGGUUAUAAAACACUCAUAGUGUUGCUUUGUUUGUUUGUUUGUUUGUUUAUCUGUUUGUUCAGGUCGCCACCAUCUUGAGUGGAUGUCUGGGCCUCAUGGCGGUAGAUUUGCUGGCUCAUUCAUGAUGACUGUUUCUCAGGAUGACGAGCCAGAGACCAUUUCCAGCAUGGCGCAGCGCUUGUCCCGUGUGCAUGGCAUCCGAGUCACCGGCCCCAGGCACCAUAGUAACCAGUCCCAGUCACUUCAUCUGUCACCUCCCCAGGGAGUGACCCAUCCCCCGCUACCCGCCGUGGUUCAAAACCUACUGGGACCCGAAAGUUCAUCAGAUGGGAUACAGUUCAGUUCAAGUACGUCACUAGAGAGAAAAUGUGCCUUGACCUCUUUCUACUAUCAGGAGAAUCUGAUAAUAGGAUUCAGAAAUCCAACUUUCAUGCCUAAAAUUCUCAUGUGGGACUUUUGGGCGAAAAGUCAACUUCUUUAGGAGUACCAGAAAGUUGGGGUCUUGUUUAGUUUCCCUCAGCUCUUGUUAAGGUGUUCCGAACCUUAUUAUAUGUGUGUUUGUUUUGUUUUUUAAUCGCGUUUUUCAGCAGGAACGACUUAACCGAUUUCUAUGAUUUUUGGCAUGCGUACUAAAGAAUGGUGGAAAUUUAAGAAAAUGACAUUUAUUUUCUUUUUGGUAUAAAAACGUUUGAGAUAUGGGCAUAUAUUUAAAACCUCAUUUUUGCGAAAAAAUGUAAAUAACUUCGAAAUCCUACAACAAAUUUUUCCCUAACUUCAACAAAUAAGCCAUAGAGUACUCUAGUUUUAUAUUUGCAAGUUUGAAGUCAAUCGUGACCAUACGACUCGCUGCACAAAAUGCUGGUCAAAUUUAACCAACACAUUUGUGAAAGUUGAUGCACAAAUAGAGGAAGAGUGCCGACGGAGUAUCUCCUUUCUGAAAGGGUAUUCUUACCCAAAGCUUUAUUGCCAGAAACUGAAUUAUCGGAAAUCUACGUACUUUAGAGGAUAUUCUCUUCGAAUUCACCAGCCUGUGAGCAAGCUCGCCCAAAUGGGAGAGCUUGCUCGCAGGCUACGAAUUCACAUGUUAUGACGACUUUGCCAAUUUUCAUUCUGUAGGCAUCACUCAUCGAGGAAGACAUAUGAUACAAGAUGAAAUACAAGUUAUAACGAGGAGCACAGAGGAUGGAGUCACUGACGAAAUAUUUUUUGAGAACUUCUCUGAAAGUACUUCGUCUACUGUACCCUCUGCGUUAACUCGAUGGGCAGAAGAAGGCCAGAUCCUUGAUGCGCAAGGUGUUCACUACUGCGUGGCAGCCGUGAAGCCAGAGAUUAUUCCAGUGUUGCUAAAGCAUCAGGCUGAGGAGAUCGCUAAAGGAAGAGAAGAGGAGCAGAAGAAGAAAGCCGAGGCUCAGGCCAAGGCGGCUGCCAGUAAGAAGGAGGAAGAGGAGAGGAAAAAACAAGAAAGCGGUAAGGCUGGUGGUGAGACGGGGACAACUGCAGAAGGGGAGGGUACAUCGACUGCGGCGUCUGAUGCCUCUCCAUCUGUGGAACCUCAGAGUGAAGUGAUGCAGGUCGAGGAGCAGCCUGCCGCUGCUGAAUCAGAACCUGCGGCUGCAGAGCAAGAUGACACCGGUAAUACAUCCGCGUCAAUCGGCAUGAGCAUGGAUGAACCCAUCCUCAGUACGUCUAUUCCAUCAGCUGAUCAAGCCUCCAUCGUGAGAACAUCAACCCCGGCAGAUGACAGUGAAGACCCAACGGCUGCCCCUGCACCCACCUUAACCCCUCCCGCUCAUGCCAGCUCAGUCGCUCAGGACAUUAUUAGUGCUGCCACAGUGGAAGCAGCAGCUAACCAGGGUGGAAGCGAUGAGGUUUCUACUCCACAGCCAACUGCUGAUGCCCCGCAGGCGACUCAAUCCGAAGCUGCGAGCACGGAACACGAGUCAAGACAACAGGAAGGCGAUGGUUCACCCAUGGCUCUUGGUGAAGAAGGAACUUCUGCCGCAGUAGGAGCUGAGGCUACUCAAGAUUCUCUUCCAGCUGGAGAUACCGGUACGUAGUAGAGUCAUUUUUAACGCGGAGCAAUGGGACACUUGUCAAAUCCGACGUCAACUAUCGUAUUUAUGUGAGCAUAUGUGUCGCGUCCUUUUAUACCAGAAAACGUUUUGACUUCUAUUUAAACGAGAACUUUAAAGUUCUAUUUCGAACACGGCGUAACUGCCAUAACUACAACCCUAUUAAGAGCACUCCGUAAAGUUGAAGUGCCUUUAGCCUUGCCUACCCUGUAUACUAUUCCGACCUUGGUAAAACCUGUUAAGUUGUGUUUUGUAUUGUUGGCUGCACGUCUUUUCAUGACCAGAAAGUAGAAUUCCAAUACCUUUUGGCAUGAAAUUAUUGCUGGCAAGUCUUAGUGAGAAAGCUUAGAUCCGUUUUGUUUGUUUCCGGUGAUGCUCUUUAUUGAGAAAAGCGAAAAUUUCGCUUUUUGAAAGCAGCCGUAUAAUUCUAUCUUAUCACGCACUAUUACAAAGCUUUGAGAGGUUAUCGCCUUGUUUUCCCGAUGCCAUCGUUUGCCACUUACAUCUCUUGUCUUGCCAAGAACCGUACCUAAUAAUCGUUUCUGUGCGUUUAACUAGUUGAAGCGUCAGAGCCUCCACCUCCCGCCCCUGCAGAAGAUAACACAGCAGCUGGACCUGUCUCGGACAUGGAACAGCCAGGCACUAGUGGCGAGGCCUCAGCCUUAACAAUAGAUGGCGUUCCCAUCCCAGAUGGUGUAGAUCCCUCCUUUCUGGAAGCUUUACCAGAGGCUAUACGCCGUGAAGUUCUAGCAGAGCAGCUGGGGCUGCAUCCACCUCCACCAUCGCAGCGAAAUGCUACAGCAAACGAGAAUGAAGCGAGUACAGACUUGAACGUGAGCCCCGAAUUUCUGGCUGCCUUGCCUCCUGACGUUCAAGAAGAGGUUUGUUUAUUAUUUCUCCCUUCUUUUUGUAAGACUGUAAAAAAUGCUGAUCUUCUUCCACCUUCGCCUACUGCAAUGGUUGUAGUCCAAAACAUGUACUGUACGGAGCUUAAGCAACCACCACGGCGACAGCUACGAAAUGGUAACUUAGAAAGUGAAUUCACCCCGUUUCAAGCCUCAGUUUGUUAAUGUAGGCAAAUGUCUCUGAAGUGGAGUUCUAGAGGACUUAAUCCAAGUUCCGAAAACGGAAAAAAAUAUUUGUCUUGUGUUUACGUACGAACGUGAAAUAAAGAAUUGAAUGGAAUUGAAUUGAAUUGAAAUUUGGAAAUUUCAAUUCGUAGUUGCGCUGUGUUAGUAUAGAGAUCUACAAAAUAGUUUGAUUUCGUGCUGGUGAAGAGUUGUUGUUUUACUCAUUAAGUCGGUUUACGGUCACCGCGCGCGAAGUUAUGUCGCCCGAAAUCAGAGUUAUGUCGCUCUAAAUUUUUAGUCACGUCGCCCGAAAUGCUGAGUUGUGUGGCUCGUAAUCAACAUCCCAGCAUCCCUUGUUUCGUUGCAUUACUUAUUUAUCCGCUUGCUUUGUUGUUCAUCAAGGGUUAAAGAGCGAGAUAUAUUACACAUAAGCUUAAUAUAUCGCUUGUUUCGUCUCAUCGUCGCUUAAAGAACGACGUAUGUUACACAUUCAUCCCGCUUGUUCCGUCUCAUGAUAGUUUAAACAACGAGAUAUAUUACAUGCACUCUCUAUUUAACAAAAAUUAACUUAGUUUCUCUGUGCAUUUUAUUUGAUAAAAUUCGGGCGACAUGACUCAGCACUGCGGGCGACUUGACUCUGGUUUCGGGCGACACAACUUCAGGCGAGAUAACUUUCGGGCGACUUGACCGGUUUCUAGUCUAGUCUAUUUCUCUUUUUGGUAUUCCCAAUUCCCAAUGCCCGUCGCUGACGUGUUUGUGUAAGAUCCCUUUUAUUUAUGGCGGAAAUUAACAAACCCGAGUUCAUAACUCCUAAGUCUUCAUUGUGAGUACUUGGCUUUUUUUUUCCUUUUAUUGUCGCCGUGACUAUUUAAUGGUCACGUGUUAAACAAACUUCAACGUUGCUCAAAUGUAAGGGAAUCCGGAGUCCGGAAUCCUCGAACUUUCUGCUUGUGGAAUCUGUAGGAAUCCUGGAAAAUUUUGCUUGUGGAAUCCAGAAUCCUGGGUUUUGGCAUCCGGAAUACAGCGAACAGCGAAUUCAAUAGUUAGCUCUUUUUGCUUUUGUAACUUACUAUUUUUAUGCUGAAUUGUUUAAUGGUAGGUCCUUCAACAACAGCGCAUUGAACAAGAAAGAAGGCGAAACCAAACAGCAACUCCGGAGCAGGCUGUUGACCCGGGAUCUUUCCUGCGUAACCUAGCACCUUCCUUACGUCAAACAGUCUUAGCGGACAUAGACGAUUCUCUUCUUCCUUUGCUGCCAACCGAUCUUGCCUCUGAAGCCCAAUCUCUUCGGAGAGAGAUAGAGGCUAGGCACCAUAGACUUCUGCAGGAGCGUUUCUCAUUCGGUGGCGGGGACCGCACUUCGGCGAUAACCGCUUUGCUCCGUCACUCAGCGUUGUCACGUCACGGCGGAGGAUCUCAUCUUUCAAGACUUCUUCCCAUGGGGGGCGGAGUGAGUGGUAGGGUUGGAGGCUUUUCAAACGGUCCUCCCCCACUCCCUCCUCCCAACCGAAAAGUUAUUGGACGUCAUUUGCUUGAUCACGAGGCACUUGUUUGUCUCUUGGUACUUCUCUUUGUCGAAGAACCUCGACUUAACACUGGACGUUUGCACAAGGUGCUCAGAAACCUGUGCUAUCACGAAGAAACUCGCUCUUGGCUAAUCAAUGCCAUGAUUGCGAUCCUUAGAAGAACUAGCGGGCAACAUUCAGAUGGAUCUUGCCCUGUAUCCACUGUAGAGAGUUCCUCGCGCGGCGAGGCUUCGUCUGGUUCUCAGUCAGACAACACUGAGAGCCCAUGUAGGCUUGAGGAAUACCUUCAAACGCAAGAACACUCCGAGUCUGAUUCAAAAUCGUCGAAACAACACUCAUGGCUCUCAUUUGGUGUUCGCACUUCUCUAGGGUCACGGACAAACGUGUUCUGUAUAAAGCGGCAAGGGAAAGCAGGACUCGAGCGCAGUAACUGUGUUUCUAUACACCCACAAGCGUCGCAGUUCGUCUGUAAACACGUUCUGGACGCGUUGUUGUUUCUAGCGAAAAGCUUCCCCGCUAGUUUUACGCCGUCAACCUCGGCUAAAGCACAUCCGUCAUGCAAUAAGGAAGACAAUUCAUCCACUGAAGUUAAACCAGGUUCUGCCACUAUCGCUCAAGAUAGCACAGACUUUUGGGACCUACUUCUUAGACUCGACACUGCUGGAACGGGAAGAAAAGGAAAAACUGCCGCUAAAUCAAGUUCAAGUCAAUCGCUUUUAUCGCCGACUUCUGAAUCACCUACUGGGGAAUUACGGGAAUUUUCGUCUGCCCCUAUCGGGCAACUCUUGGUCGCGCUUGCCCACCCUGUGGUACAGGAAAGUACUUCUGUGACGGACAAGCUUUUGCGUCUGUUGUCAGUAACUUCGGCUGCUCUUCCUGAUAUGCCGUGCUCAACGAGCAAAGAAACAGUGAGUAGUGAAACUAAUUCAUCGGGAACGGUUCCUCCUGAGGCAGUCGCCCAGAUACCUGGCACACUGUCUGUCACACCAUCUCUGAAUGCGGUCACAAAUGUUUCUGUCACGUUACCUGAGGAAAGUGUGACAACGCAAAACCCAACGAUUCAUACCCCGGGCUCCGAGACGGAGUCAGUGGCUUCGUCUUUGAUUGUCGAACGGUCAUCGGAGGCCGGAGGUGAGCCUCAUGAAGUGGAAUCUUUCGAGGACGGGUCUGUGGAUGAGCCACUCUCACACCCCAGCGAUACUCCGUCUCAUCCGGGAAUGGUAGAACCGAUGGUGGUUGAAGUGACUCCGUCUGUUGACACCUCGUCGCAGGUUUCAACCGAGAGCAGCUCUUUAUUGACCACAACACCCGCAGUUCCGAAAGAUUCCCCUGAAAACAAAACCUCUGUAGUUAUGGAAAGUCACCUGAGGCUUGUUGUCAAGGUGCUGACCUCUGGGAUUUGCUCCGAGGAGGGUCUGGAGGAUGCCACUACGUUGCUGCUUCAAAUUUCGCGCCUGAACUCGCAAACCAGAGACAGCGUGCUACAACUUCUGCUAGAAGGGGCGCGCAGCAUAGGAAGCACCCUGCAAGAGAACAUUGCAGUGCUGCUGGUAGAACUUAUAGAACAUAACAGGAAUGCUCCCCAGAGAGACGAAGUGGAAUCCAAGAAAGGUCAGUAGUAUUGUGGUUUGAACCGCCCCUACCCCGAUUCUUUGUUUUCUUCGAUGCUCGCCUCAUGGCGAUUAUAAUAUCCUUCUUCAUGUAGCUACUGUUAGCCACCCUAUCCAUAUCAAAAAUUGUAUUCUAAUAGAACAGUUCCUAGCAUCUCUUUGACCUUUAUUCAGUUAAACGUGCCAAUCAUCCUAAUGACUAAACCCUGCCUCGCUAGACCGGUAUCCAUAAUCGAUGUGGCCCCAGUUGUUUAAACGUUAGAUAGCGCCAUCCACCCGGUAAGUAUUAGGGGAGCCAAUAGCGCUCUUCACUAGUUAGUGAUUCAUCCAGUGGAUAGAGUUAUCCACCUUUUAAGCAACCGGGGCCUUUGUAACCAUCCGUUCUGAUGACAUGUAGACGGCAAUCGAAGUAUAUCUCUCUCCACUUUGCAGCACGUAGGGGUACUGUGAUACGUUUUCGUGAGAGAAAAGAACCCGACUAGUUCAGUCAAACCUUUGGGUCAUUUUUUGUAGAAAAUAUGUAGCAUUAGAAGCUUCUGACUUCUUUUGGAAGAAAUAGUGCCAAGGGAUAAUGCAAACGCUCUACCGCCUUAGUCACGCCUAAUGUUAUAACUUCAUUUCGUAGGUAAGCGACCAGCGUCGCUUGUUCUCCCCGCAGCUCCUCGGAGACCAGUGAGGGGUGGACACCAAGCCGGCUGGGCAACAGCGCCGAGUGGAUCUCGAGCGCGGAGACAACAGCAGAAUAGACAAGUGCGUUACGAUCUUCACUUACCUUCAAUGCCAGCUUUGACAUGCAAGACUUCCAGCCAGGCGUUACUGCUGAGGGUACUCAAGGUUGUACUGCAGCUCAGGGAAGCGGCUCGUAGGUCUGUCACCGGAUCCACGGUGUUCAGAGGGAGAGGAUCGCAAAGAAGACGUAAGUAGAAAACUAGUUUUAACACUUAAAAGACACAUUACGAUGAUUUUACUCAGGGACAAACUGGAAAAAUAUGACUUGGUGGUUAACCCUUCCAUUAUUUCAUUACAUUACAGUAACAGAUGAAAGUUCAGUUAUUCAGCGGCUUGUGCAAGGGUCGCGUGGUCUUGGUGCUGUCAUCGCAGCGAUCGAAAGCGAAGCAGAAGCCAUAUACGAAGCUUUCACGCACAUGCGCUCUCUGCGCGCCGACCAUGGUAGAGCUGGUGGUCAGCGGAAUGAACCUGGACCUCGCGGUGAAAACAGUCAAGGUGGAAGUAGACCUGACGGGGGUGGACAGGAGGGGUCAAGUGAGCAGCAAGGUUAGUGCGUCGAGUCCUCGGACCAGGAAAGUCCUACGGAGUAUUCUGCUAAAAAUACAGGGACUUCCACGGCACGGAAAAAAGAAAGCCUGACGCAUUGUUCUCAGGAGGCGCCAACUCGUCAUAACUUAACAUGAGGCGCAAAAAAUGUUUCUGCGGAAUAAUUUUGUACUCACAUAAAUCAAAACAGCUGCUGCGAUCACAUGUGGCUUCUUUGAACAUCUAGUAUGUUUUUUAUCUGAUGCAGCAUUAUCAGAAAGAACUAUUCUCUUUUUUUUUUUUUGUGCUUACUGGCUUAUAGUCAGUAACACAGCUGUGAUAGUCCUUCCGUAAGGUCAUUUGUAUUGUUCUCGUAGCGCACGGCGUUAACGCGCAACCUUCGGAGCAAAAGGUACCGGAUUUGACACCUGCUAUCGGCCGCUUUCGAUCGAGGCAUGAUGCACAGUCAUUCAUACAAAAAAAAGUCAAUUACCCAACAAUCAAUAAAUUCCCCCAACCUGUGUACGAAGGCUCUAACAAAAAUGAGUAAGGAGAAUUUGCUUGUUCAUCCCAGCAGGUGCGUCCACAUCAGGAGCCCCUCAAGAACCUGAGCUUCCCCUUCUAAGUGAACAAGUCAACCUGGAGGAAUUAUGGGACACAUUAGGGGAGUGUCUUUCUGAGCUUGGAAGAACUUCUGACAGUCAUGCUGUACUGGUACUACAGCCUGCUGUAGAGGCCUUCUUCCUUGUACAUGGAACUGAGAAACAGGUACUCAGUGGUAGUUAAAACAACAGGACUUGCUCUUGUCUGACUAAGUACUCCAAAAGGCGUUGAAGCUCAGUUUUUCGCAUUCCGCACAACUUUAUACUGUCGUCUUCAAAGUAAGAACGACAAACCAGACUUGAUAGCACCUUGCGAGAGUUCUACUGAAGAGGUUUAUUAUAACCGUCACACGAAGGUAUUUCGUCCACAGCCUCCGGAGUUACAACUACCUAGUAAAUGAAUAGUACCAUCUGAAAAUACUGCUGAAGUAGUUUCAUUUGAAUGGUCAAUUUCUUUUAGGGGCUCAAAAGGUUGUAAUAGGUUACAUUUACCUGAAGAAAAAAAAUGUAAAGUCAACUCUCUUAAGACGAACACCUCCGAGACGGGCUGACUGAGUGUCCGUCUUGCUUGUUAAAAAAGACUCGGCUGAUAGUGUGAAGUUGUGUUUUGGAUGAUGAGAUUUGCGAAAUACAUUGCUAAGAUGAAAAUUUCGAAUAUUGUUUCACAGGAAAGCAGUUCGACCCAAAACCAAAGCGAGCAGCAGCGCUCUAAUCCGCGAUUGUCGUCAGUGAGUUCGGAAAUCAUGCCUCCAUCUCCAGGUCCACUCUCCCCAGGCCCUCUGAGCCCAAGUCGUCACGUGUCAGUCACCUCUGUGACGUCAGACUUGCCUUCAGAUACGCUGAAGUUUCUUCGAUUUGCUGGUGAGAAGUGUUUUAUUUUACUCUCGGUUAACCACUUUACUUGAUUGAUUGAUGGAUUGACUGACUGAUUGAUAAAGCUUUGAUGUACAGCUACAAAGGGCGUCGCAAGAAUAAGCGGCAGAGCUGAGAAAUAUAUCUGUGACUGAUCGUAUGACUAUAAAUUUUACUCCGUUGCGAAUUCAAAGGGCGAAACUUCGGUUACUGUUUUUUAAUCAUUGUUUCAGAGAAGCACCGCACCGUGUUGAACCAGAUCCUUCGCCAGUCUACCGUGCAUCUAGCAGACGGACCCUUUGCAGUCCUCGUAGACCACACUCGUGUACUCGACUUUGACGUCAAACGCAGAUUUUUCCGACAAGAGCUCGAGCGACUCGACGAAGGAAUCCGACGAGAUGACUUGACAAUCCACGUGCGGCGAGAACACGUGUUCGAAGAUUCGUUCCGAGAACUUCAUCGGCGAUCGUCGGAAGAGAUGAAAUGCAGGCUGUACGUGGUUUUUGAAGGGGAAGAGGGGCAAGACGCGGGAGGAUUGCUUAGGGAGUGGUUUGUCAUUAUGUCUCGAGAAAUGUUUAACCCCAACUACGCUUUGUUUACGACGUCCCCUGGAGACCGAGUCACCUACCAACCGAAUCCAAGCUCCAACUGUAAUUCAAAUCACCUGAGUUACUUCAAAUUCGUUGGCAGGUAAGUGUGACGUAACUUAAAAUUAUAACUUUGACUGCUAAAUUGCUGGUUUGCUCGCACCUGACGUUACCGCGGCAACGCUGGGUGACAAGAACAGGGCCCAGUUGUUCGAACACCGGUUAGCGCUAACCUGGGGUUAAAUUUUAACCCGGUUUGUUUCUUCUUUCUUUUCCAGGAUUGUGGCGAAAGCAAUUUACGACAACAAGCUUCUAGAUUGCUUCUUUACCCGUUCCUUUUACAAGCACAUUCUUGGUAAGCCUGUGCACUUCACAGACCUGGAGUCGUUCGACUACUCGUUUUAUCAGGGCCUACAGUACUUACUGGACCAUGAUCUGAGUGAUAUUGGGAUGGAACUCACCUUUAGCACUGAGGUAAUAGGCCAUGCAAACUUGCUCUGUUGUCCUGCUGCCGUGUUGUUCUUUAUCGGGGCUGUCUGUGGACUCUCCAGUUCAUUUUGUUGAUAAUGCCAGUAUUGCACUUUUAUCCUCUAUGGAACUCAUGAAAAAAAAUUUCUAGUGACUAAGGGCCUGUUUACAUGUAGGUGGGGGACCCCACGUAAUUGAGGUAACGCGCGGCGGGUUACCCCAUCUAAGCCGGUUACCAAACCUACCUGGGGUCCCCCACCUCCAAGCAAACAGGCCCUAAAUCACAGUUUCGCGUCAAACAAAUGUGUCUCCCAGCCAUGAUAUCAAACGUUACAAACAAGAAAAUUGAACUUUCAAAAACUGUCAGGCUAACAAGUUUUCAACAACCAUUAUUGCAAUCCGUGUCAAUCUUCUUCCAUCCUUGCCUUUUGUACUUGCGGUGUUAUUUGCACCUCUUCAUGUUUUGAGCAGUUUUUUUUUGUUGUUUCACUCAGGUUGGUGCUGGUUCCCUUUGUUGAAUUUUGAUAAAUUUCGCGACACAGCUUCUUGAAGGCUUUAAGCCCCAAGAUCUUCAUACAAAUUCUCCAGACUGAUCUCCGUACAUUUCUUUUAAGAAUAGUUGAGAGAAUUUGGUUUAAGAUCAAAACAUUCUCUCUUUGGUAAUCAAUUGAGUAAUUCUUAUAACCUUUACUUUUGAUGAUCUGCUGAUGUUGUUAGGAGAAAAUUGAUGUUGAUCACUCUGGGGACCUAAAGGUUUAAGGCUUUACAGGUCCGUUGAAUACGCGUUGCAACAUUAUGCAGGGUGUAAGGGUUUAGGUAUUUAGGGACUUCAAAACUAUAAAGACGAAGAAGAGCGACAUAGACAACUCGAAGCUCACAUUUUAAAAGAAAUCCGCACAUGGUAACAUCUGGACAUGUAUAUAGGAGUGAAAUACAUUUAUAUAAGAUCAGUGGUAACGUCACUCUCGUAACCAGACCUGAAUUGAAUUUUCUCCUGUGUUUAUUCCAAAUAAUGGUACAUUUAACGUUAGAUCUAAAUAGCAAGACGUCUUGAGUCAUAUCUUUUCUUCCUCCUUUGAUCCUACAAUCUGUCCACUGAUUCGUUCGAACUUUGACUUUAUUCUCAGGUGCAAGAGUUUGGCUUAUCAGAAAUCCGCGAUCUAAAACCCACUGGUCGAAACAUUCCUGUCACGGAGGAGAACAAGAAAGAGUACGUGAAACUGGUGUGUCAGAUGAAAAUGACAGGGGCCAUAAGAAAACAGAUCGAUUCCUUUCUGGAAGGAUUCUACGAGAUCAUUCCCAAGCGACUGAUAUCAAUCUUUGAUGAACAAGAGCUGGAGCUGCUCAUAUCUGGGUUGCCGAACAUCGACCUGGAUGACCUGAAAGCUAACACAGAGUACCACAAAUACACGGAGAGUUCGCUACAGGUCAGUUCUUCCUGCUGGGGCGUGCUAAAUGUUCAGGGCAGGUUAUUUGAGCGAGAAAAUCUUAUGUCUAAAGAAAAAUAACCACGUUCUAAGCCAUUCUACAAAGACUACAAAACCAGCAGUGGUUUUGUAUUUUUUUAUUGAGGUCUCUUCUACAAAAUCCAUAUGCUGACACUAAUCAUUUUUACAUAGUAAAAGCGAAAACGUGAAAAACGUGAGCCACUGUGAACAGUUUUGGCCGUUAUUUCUUUGUGUUGGCCUCGGUUCGCUGAUCAUCGUUUCAAAUUUGGCGUUCGGAGUGGGCUUAAAAUUCCCGGAUGUGUCGCGUAAUUCUGGGCGAUGCUCUUCUAGGCUAGUGAAAAUCUGUGGACACUGGUGCAAGGAGUGCCUUAAAAUUAAGAAACUUGUCAAGUUAUAAGGUGAUGCGUUAAAAGCGUGCGCAAAGUCGCGAAAUUUUACAGUCGUUUGUAUUGUGGGUGGCACGAACUUACCUCCCACCAUACAAACGUCUGUAAAAUUAGGCGACUUUGCGGAGCAAUAUCAACGCUAGUUUUCAACCAAUCACGUUAAAACUUGGCAUCGUUACUAAUACUAAGGCAUUUUUCAGCCGAGUUGAUGGAUUUUCGCCCAGUCAAAAGUUUAAAAAACCCGUUGAAGGGUCAAUUUGACCAACCAAAAUUUCUGGAUUUCAUUACAUCUCAUCAUCAUUUAUGGAAAACAUUUAUUAUGAUUAAUCUUAUGAAGCUAUGCUCAAUCUAGGGGCUUAAAUCUCCAUGUCGUUUUUUUUUAUAUAAUAGAUUCAAUGGUUCUGGAGAGCCCUGAGAUCCUUCGACCAGGCAGAUCGUGCUAAAUUCCUUCAGUUCGUCACCGGUACAAGCAAGGUCCCGUUACAAGGCUUCGCCGCCCUAGAGGGCAUGAAUGGAUUCCAGAAGUUCCAAAUCCACCGAGACGAUCGAUCCACGGACAGGUUACCCUCAGCACACACGUGGUAAGUUUGAACGAUUUGAUUCCUAAUAGUGUUUACUGUUUCAUUUGUAAUAAGUCGCAUUCUUAGUCAACCCUGUCUAAGACGACAACAUGUGGACGUGGUCAUUCUUUCAGAGCUAUGUCUGCUCUUCCAAGAGGCCAAAGAAAACAACUGUAGAACGGCAGAGACCAAGUCUAGGUGACGCUUUAUGAGAGGUGUCUCUCAAAAUAGGCAAUGCAGCGAACUGAGGAAAAUUCAGAUCAUGUUAGUUCUGACUCCAGACUGGACAAAAUUACGUGGGAGUCACGCCAUAUACUGAAUUGACAUCACUUGUAGCAAAACAAGUUUCCCUUGGGCCGGUAAAACGGGCAAUAUGUACAGAUUUUGUGGCAAAGUUUUAUUCGUGGGAGAUAAAACGCGCAACAUCAUUAUUCGACCAGUUUUGCGGCAAUGUCGUAACGCAAGUUGCUCGUUCUUGUUGCCCGUUUCACCUUUUCUUAAUAGAUCUGUGCGUCACAUCCUCGCUCUGUUUUACUCAAUUUGUUUUUUUGUUUCUCUUUCCUUUUUAUAGUUUCAACCAACUUGAUCUACCUGCUUACGAGACCUACGACAAACUACGAUCCAUGUUGAACAAAGCCGUGGACGAGUGUCCGGAAGGCUUUGGUUUGGCUUGAAACAUGCACGGUUCAUCUACUGGAACCAUGAAACUUUCAGGACCAGGACUGGAAACUGCCACAAAGUCCUUUGUUGACAAAAUGCCGUGAAAUUCAGAGGCAUUUUAUUUGUGACCUGACCACGCUAAAAAAAAAUGAAGACAAGACUUAAAGCUCCUAAUAUGUCACAAAGUGCGAAUCGAGAAUUUUUCUAAUUGUUGUUCAAUCGUAAACAGCGUUUUAUAAGACGUGCUGUUUGAAGUACUUCAGUUUUGUUAAGCACUUUGCUGGAAACUGUUCGGAUUUUGUGCUUUGACUAAGAACGUGCACUCUACCUUCUCCCGGACUAGAAGGGUAAUGACAGUCAAUAUGUUAUGUUGUGACUGGAAGAAAUAGACUUAGACUGGACUUGCAGGUCCCAGUUGGAUAACUGAUGCUGUUCUUAUUGCUUUAUUUGGACGGCUAGUUCACUAAUGCCGAUCGUGUGAAAAAAAGUAGCAUAUAGAGAAAUAAUGUCCGUUUACUUUAGAAAUUAAGAGGGCCACAGCAAAACUGUUUGUUGUGAAUUACCUUUAUUCCUUGGAGUCACAUUGCUAAGGCAGAAUGGUUAACAUUUCAUUGGGCAACAGUUUCUACACUAAGCAACCGCUAUCUUCAUGCAAUAACUUUUCUCCUGUAAAAUGCGAGGAAAUGGGAGAAAAUGCCGCUUGUUACAAACGAGGCGUGGAUUUUUGUCGUCACUUGAAAUAUAAGAGGAUGCCUUCAUCAGUUGCCUUAAUAGGUUUGUGUGACGACAAAAGUCUUGGUGUGACACGCAGUGAUUCAGUAUUGUACGGUUAUGAUCUUGAUAUUUUUCAGCCACAAGAAGCGCCUCGCCGUGUUGAAUUAGAGCAGAUUUUGAAACAAUAAAUGGCUUCUAUUUCUGAG